UGACUUCAAUCCAUCACUGCUGUCCCCGUGGACGGCCAGACUGCAGCAGCUCCGCGCCUCAGGGUGACAGAUAAACCUGUCUCAGACAUGUCCGGGGCGUUAGCUCGGCUCCUCUUCUACCCGACUCUAGCCUACAACGUGGUGCUGGAGAAGGUGUCGUCGCGGCGCUGGUUCGACCGGGUGGACGACACGGUGGUGCUGGGAGCUCUGCCCUUCAGGUCCAUGACCAAGCAGCUUGUAGAAGUAGAAAAUGUUCGAGGGGUUAUCACCAUGAAUGAGAACUAUGAGACCAAAUAUUUCUGCAACUCAUCUGAGGAGUGGCAGGCUGUGGGUGUGGAGCAGCUGCGUCUGAGCACCGUGGACCUCACUGGCGUGCCCAGUCUGGAGAACCUCCACAAGGGGGUGGAGUUCGCACUCCACCACAAAGAGCGAGGAAACAGCGUGUACGUCCACUGCAAGGCCGGGCGUUCCCGCAGCGCCACACUCGCUGCAGCGUACCUCAUACGGUUGCACUGCUGGACUCCAGAGGAGGCCUGUGAGAAACUGGCGUCUGUUCGACCGCACAUCUUAGUGCGCUCGGCUCAGCUGGAGAUGCUCAAGAAAUACCACCAGCAGGUGUGUGUCCGGACCAGCUGAGAGGGCAGGGUGGCGGGCGGGUCGAGCCUCGCCCAUGCUGAAGACUGGACUCUGAAUCUGAGGGGAAAAACACAACCCCUUCUGUCUGUCAGAAAGUACAACUUGUUCCCUAGGGCAUUUUUAAAAUCCAGAUUUCAGGAGUUUUACUUGAAAUUGCAGGUUAAAUAAGUUUAAUAAUGAUACAUCAGCGAAAAGACAAUUCCAGAUUAUGUAAAUUGAGUUGGGGUUUUUUCCACAGGGAUUAUGCGAUUCCCUAUUUAGAUGUAAAACUGGACAAUAUUCCCUGAACUCAUAUUCCUGUUUAACUGAUGAAAACCUCAGUCCUUAACAUUGCAAUGAUAUUAGUUUUAUAUUAAAAAAAAGAACACCCCACAUGAUGCCUUUUUAUAUCUGCACUUGAACAACAAAAGUAAGAUGAAUAAAAAAAAAAAGAAUUCUGCUGUGAAAAAACAUUAGUGUAUACUGUAAAAGUUGUAUUUAAAUUUAUCAGAUUCUUAAAAUAUUAAUGAAAUUCAAUAAAUAAUUGUGACAUUUUUGAAGCCAAAUGGUGUUUAUGCUUCUGUUUCUCAUUUUGGUACUUUUGUUCAUGACAUGCAUACCAAAUGGACUGCUUUUAUAUGGCGUGUCUUGUUUAUUUCUCUUUUUUACAUGAGUACAACUUGUUCUUUACAUGAACAUUUCCCUGUCAUGCACACAGAAGCACAAGUCUGUCAUGCGGUCCAGCUCCGUGUCGAAGGAUGCAUCAGCAUGAGGAUGCAGUUGGAAUCUCUGAUCUUCUGAUUUGUACAACUCCUUCAUAGAAGUUUAAAAAAAAAAGUAUAAAACUAAUAAUGUAACAACUGAACAUUCUGACUUUGUACUUUGUACUUUGUACUUUGAAAAUCAUUAGAAUAGAUGGGGUUUUUUUCCGGGGUGCUAAUGCAUCUUGCCGCAAACCAAACAUUGUGAAUACAGCAUUUUGACAGGUCUUGCAGAGCUUCCCCAAAAAAGGGGAACAGGAGUGAGCGUAUGUAGUUGUUUGUCUAUAUGUUGCCCUGCGACUGGCUGGCAUCCUGUUCAGGAUGAACCCAUCUUUCGCCUGAAGAGGUGCAGACUCCAGCACAUCUGUGUCCUUGAAUAUGAAUAAGUGGGUAUGGAUGAUGUAGUCGGCACAGAUUUCUAAACAAAUGUUUUAUAUCAUGUGGUAGCAUGUUUUAUUUCAUUGUUCUUUAAUGUCCUAAAGUUUACUGAAGCAUACUCCAAAAUUAAAUACUUACCUGCUGUACUCUACUCCCCUGAUUUUUAACAACUUGUGCUUUUUAUUAUUUUACCUCUUUUCUUAUUUUAUUUCAUUAAUUUGGUAUUUAAGCGUACUCUUAAAUUAAAUACUUUCUGAAAACCGCGAAUGAGAUGUGUACCUGCGGUACUCUGCCCUUAGUUUUCAGCAAUUUGUGUUUUUUAUUAUUUUACCUUCUUUUCUCAUUUUAUUUCAUUUUAUUUCUUAUUUACUGUCUAAUUAUGUCUUGCCGCUUUUAAUGUUGAUGUAAAGCACUUUGAAUUACCUUGUG